UUCCUUCCUGCCGUGAAGACCUGACACCUGUGAGUCUCAGCAGCCGGUUUGACCUCGUGACCUGCAGCUGAAUCAACGACCUGUUGUUUACGGUGACGUAGCUCCGCCCCUGGCAGUCCGCGUGCAGCAGACAGAGUUCAGUCCGCAGACGGAGCCUCGCGACGAGACCAGCUCCGGUUUAACGGUCGUCAGUUACUAUUUCCUCACUGAACGGUUCAGCUUCUGGAGCUAACGGCUAACGGUUGAUUGGCAGCAAAGUGGUCCUAUGAUGGAGGAGCUUCAUGAUGUCCAGCUGACUGAGAUCAAACCACUCCUGACAGGACAGAACGGGAGAAAUCUCCAGGACUUUGACUGUCAGGAGCACGAUGUGGAGACGGCCCACGGCGUGCUGCACGUUACCAUGAGGGGGGUUGCUAAGGGUAACCGACCCACAAUCCUCACCUACCAUGACAUCGGACUCAACCACAAGUCUUGUUUUAACAGCCUGUUUAACUACGAGGACAUGCAGGAAAUGACACAGCAUUUCUCAGUUCUGCAUGUUGAUGCUCCAGGACAGCAGGAGAACGCUCCCAUAUUCCCUGCUGGGUACCAGUACCCCACCAUGGAUGAGCUGGCUGAGAUGCUGCCGUUUGUCAUGUCACAACUACAGGUGAAGAGUGUGAUUGGUAUCGGGGUCGGAGCUGGAGCCUACAUCCUCACCAAACUGGCUCUGAACGAGCCCAGUCUGGUGGAAGGUUUAGUUCUGAUCAACGUUGACCCGUGUGCCAAGGGCUGGAUGGACUGGGCUGCCUCGAAGCUGAGCGGCUGGACCAGCAACCUGGUGGACGUGAUCAUGGGACAUCACUUCAGCACGGAUGAGUUAACAGACAAUAUGGAGAUCAUCCAGACAUACAGACUCCACAUUUCACAGGAUAUACCGCAGGACAACCUGGCCAUGUUCUACAACAGCUACGACAGUCGUACUGAGUUGCAGAUGGAGCGGCCGAUCCCUGGUCUGAAUGAAGACACAGUCACCACACUCGGGUGUCCUGCUCUGCUGGUGGUUGGAGACACCUCGCCUGCUGUUGAUGCCGUGGUGGAGUGUAACUCCAGACUGAACCCCACCAAGACCACCCUGCUCAAGAUGGCGGACUGUGGAGGACUUCCUCAGGUGGUGCAGCCUGGAAAACUAGCAGAGGCCUUUAAGUAUUUUGUCCAGGGGAUGGGCUACAUGCCCACAGCUGGUAUGACCCGGCUGGUUCGCUCCAGGACUCACUCGGCCUCCAGCGUCGGCUCCACGGACGGCGUCCGGAGCCGCAGUACCACCGGCACCCUGCCAGAGGGCGCUCACUCCAGCAGCCCCGAGCACACAGCAGCACACGCCAUCCAGAUGACUGCAUAGUUCCCUCUCUGUCUCCCCUCCCCCGCUGUCCUCACCUGUGCUCACCUGGAACCGUGUUAGUCGUUAAAACGUUCUUCCCAAAUAGCCGAACAAGUUCACGACAUAUGACGUCAGAUAUUUGUUCCACAGCGACUU